AUGGGUGUAUUACGUAAAUGCUACAGUCAACAGUCUCAAAUUCGUCUUUCUUUAUAUGAAGGCUUGAGUAAAUUGAUGGAUGAUAUUCAAGAUCUUAAUCCCGUUAUAUUUGAUCUAUUAUAUUUUCAAUUUCAACGAUUUUUGGAAAUGCAAACGGAUGUUCAUUUUACAGUUAAUUUAGAAACUUGUAUUGAAACCAAUAAUGGUACACCAAGCAUUGUUGAGCCUUUACCACGUUUAUUUUCUUGCUUAAGCAAAUCAAUAACUAGUUAUAAAAAAAAACAAAAUUCUGGACAAGAUGAAUUUGAUGAAUCGCAACUUUCAGAAUGUGUAAAUAAGUUGGAUUUAUUGGCUGAAUUUAGAAUUAACGAGGAUGCUGAUUAUAAAAUGGUAACUAAUGUGGGCAUCCAAAAUAACAUGUGUGCUUCUUUAUUACUUGGAUGUUAUGAGGCAUCAAUUGAAUAUAUUUUUUUUUCACGUGAAAAAAAUAAUGAUACUUCAAAUUUGAUAUUAAAAUUAUUUAAUAAAUAUUUGGAACUUUUUAUGAUCCUAAAAGAAAAAUCUGUAAAUGCUAGAGCACAUAAUAAAAUAUCUCAGAUUACAACAAAUUUUGAUCCAGGAGAUCAAUCAACAUUAAAAUAUUGCAUAUCAUUGGCUCAAGUGUUCAUGAAUGAAUUUAUUAAAAAAAACAAAGCAAACAUCAAUUGUUUACAAAUUGAUAAUAAAAAUCAAUCUAUACUUGCAACAGCAAUUGAAAGUUUUAUGUUAUUAUGUAAAGUAAUAUUGAAGUGUUGGCCGGAUAAACUGAUGGAUUUCUUGGAAAUGUCUUACCCAUCAGAUGAAAAAAAACUUAUAAUCACAUCAUUAAGUGAACAAAUACCACGAAUUAAAGAAGCAUCAGAAUUAUGCCAAAUAAUAACAUUAUUAUCAUCAUAUUUCACGUUUAACUCCAAUGAUAACCAAUCUAAAGGACACCAAGAAUUGAUCAUAUGGCUUAGAAUGUUAUGUAAAGAGCAUGCAAUUGAUAAUGUUGCUCUGACAAAAAUAAUUGUUA